AUGGCAAAUAAAUUUGAUGAAAUUCAACCAUUAAAUGAGAAUGUGGUUAGUACAAUUACAACUAAUUUUAAUCAACAACUGGCACAUAUACCAACAACAAAAAUUGGUGGACGUGGUUCAGUAUUUCGUAAAAAACGACGAUCAACACAAAAUAGUGGAUCAAAUCAAAAAGUAUUUGAAAAUAAAUUAAAACAAUAUCGUUCACAAUUUGCUUUAAAUGAUAAUGAUUAUUGUGAUAUAACAAUUUUACAUGAUGAUGGUACAGUUGAAAUAUUUAAAUCAAUUCGUUUAUAUUCAUCAUGGUCAUUUAAUAUUAACGAAUUUACACCAUCAAAUAAUUCAAAUACUUGUCAAAUAUUUCAUAUAGAUGAUUUUGAUCCAAAUUAUUGGCAUACAUUAUUUGGACAUGAUACUGCAGAUAUUAUUGAACAUAUGCAACUACGAUAUCAACAACAAUCAAUUGAUGAUACAUCACCACAGUUUAGUAAUAAUAAUAAUGAUUAUUAUCAUUCUCCAGCCGAUCUUUAUGCAUUAUAUGAUAAUCCACCAAAUAAUUAUUAUCAAGAGUUACAAAAAGGAAGAUAUCAUUAUCAACAACCAGCUAUUCAACGACAUCCAUUUUCAAAUUCAAGAUAUUCGUCGACUUAUCAAAAUUAUCCAUAUGGUUAUAAUACUAAUGAUUAUUAUUCUUCGUAUGUAGAUAAAAAUAAUGAUUUGAAUGAAAAUCAAGAAGAAAAUUAUGAUGAUCAUCUACAUAAUGAAACGAAUAUUAUUAAAUCUAAACGAAGAAGAAAACGAAAAAAACCAAAAUUACUAUUAUCGGAUGUAAACAGUGUCGACACUCAAACAAGUGAUAAUUUAAAAAUAGAUUCUUCUAUUGAUUUAAUUUCUACUAAUACGACUCAGUCGGUUAAUAAUACGGAUGAAAAUUUGACUGUUACUACUCAGCCGAUUCAUGAUAAGGAUGAAAAUUUGACUGUUACUACUCAGCCGAUUCAUGAUAAGGAUGAAAAUUUGACUGUUACUACUCAGCCGAUUCAUGAUAAGGAUGAAAAUUUGACUGUUAUCACUCAGCCGAUUCCAAACGUCCUGCAUGGUAACAAUUUGAAAGUAAAUAAAAGACGAAAACGAAAGUUACGCUCUACCAUCAAUAAUACAGAAACAACAACAAAUUUAAACAACAAUUCUCAAUUAAAUAAUAGUCAACCUUUGAAUCAAACAUUGUCAACAUUAAAUAUGCCACAAAUAGGAAAUAAAAAACCAAAACAACAACGUAGAAAGAAAAAUUUGAAUACUUUAAAUAACAUCGUACCUUCUACAAUUGUCGAAAAUGAACAAUUACCCGGUGAUAACAUGAAUAAAUCUAUCGAUUCUUCUUCGUUUGACAAUAUAAUACACUCAAAUGUCUCUCAAUAUCCAAUAAAUAUAGUAGAUCAGCCAAAGCAAAUGGAUACAAAAAUAAUAAGACAAUCUGAUACAAUUGCUACAGAUAAUGAGAAAAAUCUAUCAUCGAGUUCUAAAAUGUCAGAAAUUAUAGACAACCUUGAUUUUCAAAAACCUGAACAACAUAGACAAGGUAAACCAAAAAUUAAUAACGUAGAAGACACAAAACAGUUAGAUAUUAACAAUAUCAAUCAAAAUCGGCUACCCUCUGAGAAACUGAGAAAUGAUCAAAAUUUACCACUAGUCACAGAUACAAAUAAUAAAUCAGUUAAAAGAAGAAGAAAACCGAGAAAAAAGCCUAUAAUUAGUAAUGUUUCUAUAAAAUCUGAAAACAAUGAUAAAAACCAGUUUCAACCAAAAGAUUCCGCUCUUGUCUCAACUAGUUCUAAUAACUCAUCAGAUUUAAUAAAUCUUCUAUCCCGUAGUAACAUAAUAAAUGAUGGUAAAAACGUCGAAGAACAGAAUAUUGAAAGAAGGAAAAAAAUAUUAACUAGUGAAGAAGAAAACAGCACUAUUACCACUACUAGUACCACUUCUAACGUGACUCAACGUAAAAAAGAAGAUAAAACAGUGAUCCCAAUAAAAAGUUUAGCAGUAGAACAACAGGAAAAAGAAGAGAAAAAACGCAGUGAAAAUAAAAAUUUAAACAUGCAAAAAGAAGAAAAAGAACGACAAAAGCCGAAUGAUGAAGUAAAACUUUUAGAAAAACCAAAUAGGUCGUCAAUGUCUGAAAAAAAUAACGAUAGUUUUAUUCCACAUGAUAGUAGACGAACGAUGGAAAUUUCAAAGAAGCAGAACAAUAGAGACGAGAAAAAUAUUGAACGUGAAAAGAAAGAAGAACAACGAAGAGUUACGUCUACUGAACAGACACAUUUUUUUCAAAAUAAUAAUUCCAAUACACAGAACACCAUUAUUUCUACAUUUGAUGAACAACAACAACAAAAAUAUCAGAAAAAUAAUACAAAAAAUCUUACCGACAACGUUAUUAAUAAUAAUCAAAAUACAGAUAACAUAACUUCCGCAUUUCACAAUGAUCAAUUCCAAACGCAUGACAAUAACAACUUACUUACUAUAAAAUCACAACACGACGUUAAUGAUCGACAAUCAAAUAUUUAUACCGACAUCCCAUACAACACUCAUCCACCAGAACAAUCACAGUUUAAUAAUGAAUUUGUUUUAAAUGAACAGAAGAAGAACAAGACGAGAAAGAUGGUGUCAACUGUGAAAAAAAAUAAGUAUGAUAGUGAAUUGAAAAUAGAAGGUGAAAUCACCGAUGAAGAAUCGAGUAAUGUAAAAAAUCCUUCAAAAAUUCCUAUUUCUGAAAUGUCAAAAAAACCAACUGAUGAUUUACGAUCUGAUUUCGAUCAUGUAGCCAGUAACAACCUAUAUGCUUCAUCAACUGGAUCUGAGCAAGGACAAAACAGUAACAAGAAACAAAGUGGAAUAAAAUCUAAACCAUCUACUACAGUUGAUGCAAAAGUUGCAUCAUUAAUAUCUUCUGAUGCUUCUCUGUCUCCUCGUACCUCUUCAUCCGUUCCUCAGAGUCCUAAAACAACAACUAUUACUAAUAUUUCAAAACGUUUACCGUCUACGUCUGUUGAAGUAUCUGUAGCUGAUAUUUUGUCAAACGAUGAAAAACGUGCAUCUGUCAGCGUUAAAGAUAAUGAUACAGAUCAAUCAACAUCACAACUGUCAAACACCCACCACCGUUUUAAUCCAUCGAUACAACCACCACAGCAACACCAACAUCAUCAAACCGUAGGUACUGGCUCCGGCCUUCCGCAGGAAACAUUGCGAUCAGAGAAAAACAUGGAUUUAAACAAAGCUAGUAAAGAAUUAGCUCGACUAUUACAUAUAGGCACUCCAACUUCCUUGACUUCGAAGGCGAACAAUGAUACAAAACAUUCAACUUAUGUUAAAGUAGAUGAGCGGACAUUUUUUAAUAGUCGUUUGAAUCCGGAUGCUCCUGAUUUCAAGCCAAUAGACAUGUCUCCAACAUACCGAACCGAAUUAGCUCAUCCUCGACGCUCAUAUCCCGAUUCACGUUUGCGCCACUAUUCUGAGUCAUACCGUCACCCUGCUAUUCGACCACUUUUACCUAAUUAUCAGCCAUUGUAUCAGCAGCGAUAUAAUAAUAAUAAUAAUAAUAAUACUCCUGCUUCACAGCCAGAAAGUUGGAAUAGAGUAUGGCAACAGCAGGAACAACAACAGCCACAUAAGCGUUCGUUAACUAUUGGUGAUGCUAAUACAAAUGAAUACUCGAGUGUGCCUGCUUAUCAUUCACGAAAUGCCAUGAGAAAUCAUUCGUUAUAUUCUCCGUUAUCGAAAUAUAGUGCAUACGAUAACGAUUAUAACGAUUCACAACACAGAAAUCGUCAACGUACGUAUUCCGGUAAAGCGUUUGUAUUUCCAACAACUAAACCGCCAUCGUCCAUGUUACAUCAAAAUGAAUCGCAGAGAAUACGUUCUCAAUCGGGUCCUGGUUCUCAUCAACAUUUAAGUGGUAUUCAUUCGCUCACUCGCAUUAUGGUCGAUGUUUUGAAAAUGAUUUCAUAUUCACCGCGGCAGACACCAUCACCUAGUCCACAGCAACUACCAUCAACAACAGCAACUCCUAGAACUGGUUCAGCAUCAUCAUUAAAAAGUUACUCGCCAUAUCAACGAAAAUAUCAAUAUCGACCAUCAUAUUAUGCAAAAAGAAUAGUACGAUAUGAGUCAUUAGAUCACGAAGAUGUUUUCGAAGAAUUCUCGACAAACAUUGACCAUAUAUCCACGAAAAUACCAGAUGUAUCUCAGAAAUCGCCUGUCUCUACACAAUCCACGACAAAAGACGAAAAAGAUGUAUUUAAUGAUGCAAAACAAUCAUCAACUAAUCCGUUAUUGUCGAUAUUUUCGACACAAAAUGAAGCACGAACAAAAACAGAUGGUUCUGAUAAACAGAACAAUUUCAAGGGGACUGACAAUACAGAAGACAAAAAUAAGAAUAAUGAUGAUACUUGUACAUCAACAGUAGCACCAACAGAACAACAAGAUAUAUCAUCAACGAUGGUAGUUGAUGAAAAAGUCAAUUUUCUCACCAAAAGCGAUACAGAAACGCCUAUUAAUCAAAUGAAUGAUAUUGCAGAACCUUCCACAGAAACAAUGAAAAAAAAAAUUGAAUGCCAGCACGUGCAGUUGUUAAACGAAGAUUUAUUAAAUGAAAUUAAUAAUAGUAAUAAUAAAAGUAAAAAAAAUAAUGUCCAAGAUGCGAUUAAGGUAAUAACAACGCCUACACUCGAACAACCAAAUAAAAAUGAUGAGAGGAGGAAAAAUGAUACGACUUAUAAUAUGAACAUCGCAACAUCGACUACCACCGCUAACAAGAGCAUUAUGCUAGAGAAUGAUAAAAAUCUACAACUACUAGAGGAAGAAUGGAAAAAAGAACAAGAAACGAAUCAACGAGAAAAAUCUCAAUCAACAACAACUAAUAAAUAUAAUCGAGAAGAAAAAGAACAAGAAAAAAAGUGUGCAACAGAACGUAGAAAAAACGAAAUUACUGAUGUACAAACACCAACAUUAUUAAACAACAAUGAAAAGAAAAGAAGUAUCGACGAGUAUGCAAAUAAUAACUUAAACGACACUAAUGAAGUUUUAGCCGAGAACGAAAAUUACACCCAAGAAAAAAGAAAGAGGGAAAUGAAUGAUAAUAUAGAAAAGAAGAACAUUUUUGUUAGUAAAACGAAAACAGAAGAAGAACAACAACAACCCCUCAUAGCAACAUCGACAAUCAUCCAUAAAAGUAGUAGUAGUAAUAAAAAUGAUGAGAAAAAAAGCAAAAAGUCUUUUAGCGGUAAAACAAUUCUGGAUGAGAAUGAUAAUGAUAAAAAAGAACUGUACAGUAACAUACUGAAUAAUGAUAUCGGCGCAGAAAAAAGUACCGAAGAACAUGACGUGGACAAAAUUGUCGGAGGUAUAACAGAGGAAGAAGAGAAGAAGAAAAAAAAUGAGCCGAAAAAAAUCAUGUAUAACCAAAUAAAGAUAGGUGAAAAAGUAAAAAACCGAGAAAAAGACGAAAAAGAAGAAAAAAGAAUAAUCGGAGAAGCACAAACAAAUUCUAAUUCAGUUAGAGCAAAACAAGAAAGCGUAGUAGAAGCGGCGCUGUCCGCAGAUCAUAUUAGUAAUGAAAAUUUUUUUACAUCAGAACAACAACUAUUUAAGACUAAUUUACAACUGAAAACUGGAAAUAAUAAUAACAGUAUGGAUCAUCGUUUAAGACAACAACAACUGUACGAUAGUACAUCUCGCAUAAGUCGCUCAGAUACUCGGCCAUCAGUAAUAUCACAACCUGUCUCAACAUUAUCGUCGUUAACCGCUGGCUCUCUCUUAUCCAAUAUUAACUCAGCAACAUCAUCGGUAGCCAAUACUAGAACACCACAGCGUUCAUUAAAUGUUUAUGACACACAUAUUACAAGUCCGACUCGUUCUAAUAAUCGCGAACCAUCAUAUCCAUCGCUUUCACGUUAUCGUUCACCAUCGAAUUAUCGCCGACAUUAUCUCGAUAGUAGUGAUGAUGAAAUAGUAUCAGAAGAAAUUCUUGAAACAACUGAUAUUAAUCAUUAUCCAACAUUAAUUGAAAGAUGGGGUGAAAAACCAAUAUGUCGAAUAGAAGGUGAAUUAAAAAUUGAAGAAGUAGUAGAGUUUGAAGAAACGGAACCCACAAUUAGUGAAGAAAUUGUCUACGAAUUAGUCUAUGAAAAAGAUAAACUUCAAUCAUGUCGACAAUUAGAUCGAUCAAGAUCAGAAUCACGAAAUUUUCGUAAAAUACGUAAACGUCGUACAAAACGUAAGAGAAAACCAGGUGAAGAUUCAAUAAUAACCGAUACCGAUGGAAUUUUAUCCGGUACAGUAUCGGGAACGAGUUCAAGGCAGAGUUCAUCUGGUCGAUAUCAAAAUGAUUCAACACCCUAUUACCGUAAUGAAUAUAUUAGUCCAGAUCGUUCGGAUUCACGAGACAUUGAUGAUUAUUCAGAAGAAUUGACACCUACGGCAUCGCUAAUAGAGGGCAAUCACACAUACUCUCGAUCUCCAACAGAAACAACUACGCUCGAAAAGCGUCGAUCUGUGGACAAUAAAUAUGAUAGAAGAAAAACACCGACAAAUGACGAUGCACGUCGUUUUCAUGACAUUCGGAUAGCAAACGAUGACAAGAAUAGCGGUGAUGUGACUUCAAUGAUUUCUUCUUCAACUCCAUGGCAAGCACAAAGUUCGACAAAUAUCACUGAAUCAAAUCGAAAUUUAAUUAAACAUGAGGAGCCUAUUUCGAGCACCUCGACAUAUAUCAAUAGGGAUAAUUACUCCGGAAAAAACUUUAUAUCAGACUUCGAUCGUUCAGCUAGUCAAGUACCAUCAGAACAAACACGGACAGUAAUAUCAUCUAAUCAACCGUACGUAAGUCAGAUACAAAGUAAUCAGUCAGAUUCUAAUAUAAUCCAACAACGUUCUACUGAAGUUUACGAUCAACAAGAAAAACCGUUUGUUAGCAGAGUAUUUUCGGAUGAUGAGAAACUAACAGCUAUUAAUAAUAGCGAAAUUAUUGAUCAAAAAGCAUCUGAUUUACUUGAAGAAAUGAAAAAUAUUCAAAAUAAAAUCGAUGAUCUUACUGAUGAUAUUGAAAGUCAAGAUGACACACUAAACGAUAUUGAAGAUGAAAUAACUGAUCAUGAAGAUGGCAGCUCAUCAUUGAUUAAUGAUAAAGACGGCGUGAGAAAAAUAACACUUUCUACUUCACAAGACGAUAGUCUAUCCGAAGGAAGGUCUGAAGAUGAAUCGUUUAAUGAAUUAGGUCGAAUAGCCGAUGAAUUGGUUUCCAGAGCUACUACCGACGCAUUAUCUGAAGCUCAACAGAAAAGUACUCAGUCGCAUCAGACUCCAUUAAAUGUCGAUGAAAUGCUCUCAUCCGCUGCCUGGGACGAUUUAGUCGGAGAAACAACUGAUAGUCAUAAAAUAGGAGAAUCUGUUGAUAAAGAGCAAUCGAUCAAUAUCAUACCCAAAUCAUUAGAUGAAAUUCAAGUACCACAAGCAACCGUGAUUUCAAAAUGGGAUGAUUUAUCUUCAGAUAAUCAACACGAGGAAUUAUUCAGAAGAACACCAGUCCAGAUCAAAUUUGACAAAACAAAACGUUCAGGUAAAAAAAAGAUCUUUCUAUUUCUUUAA